UGCACUUUGAUUUCCUGAAUCUCGCUGUGCACAGCUUUGCACCUUCGGGGCUGACGAGCUGAUCCCUUCACCAUGAGCUGCAGCAUCAAGAGAACGUCCAGCACCUCGUACAGGAGCGGAGGAGGAGGUGGCGGUGCCUGCGGAGGCAGCAGCGGCCGCAGCUCCUCCGUGUCCUGCCGCCGCUACGCCUCCUCCGUCAUCGGCGGGGGCAGCUACGGCGGGGCAGCCUGCGGGGGCUACGGCGGCGGCCUGAGCAUGGGCAGCCUCGCCGGGGGCUUUGGCGGGGGCUUCGCGGGGAGCUGCGGCCCCGGCGGGGACCUGCUGCUCAGCGGCAAUGAGAAGGUCACCAUGCAGAACCUCAACGACCGCCUGGCCUCUUACCUGGACAAGGUGCGGAUGCUGGAGGAAGAGAACGCUCAGCUUGAGCACCACAUCCGGGAGUGGUACAGGAAACAAGCUCCCAGCGUUUCCAAGGACUACAGCUCCUACUACCAGACCAUUGAACAACUCCAAAGUCAGAUUAUUUCUGCCACUGUGGACAACAACAGGAUGAUUCUGGACAUUGACAACAGCAAGAUGACUGCCGAUGACUUCAGAAUGAAGUAUGAGAAUGAGCUGGUCAUCCGUCAGACCGUGGAGGGUGACAUCAAUGGCCUGAGAAACAUCCUGGAUAGUCUCACUACCACUCGGUCUUCACUGGAAUCUGAGCUGGAGUCCUUGAAGGAUGAGCUGAUUGCUCUCAAGAGAAACCAUGAGGAGGAAAUGAGGCAGCUCCAGUCCCAAACUGGUGGCGACGUGAGCGUGGAGGUCAAUGCAGCCCCUGGACAAGACCUGACAAAGAUCCUGAAUGAACUGAGAGAUGAAUAUGAGCAGAUCAUUGAGAAGAACCGCAAGGAAGUGGAGCAGUGGUAUGAAGUCAAGAUCCAAGAAGUCAAUCAGCAGGUCACUUCCAGCAGCCAGGACAUCCAGACCAGCAGCCACCAGCUGACCGAGCUGAGGCGCGAGAUGCAGAACCUGGAGAUCGAGCUGCAGGCACAGCUCAGCACGAAAAGCUCUCUGGAAAACUCCCUGGCAGAAACCGAGUCUCGCUAUGGCCGCAUGCUCCAACAAAUCCAGAUGCAGAUCAACUCUGUGGAGGAGGAGCUGAGCAGCAUCCGCUGUGAGAUCGAGGCUCAGAGCCAGGAGUACAAGAUGCUCCUGGGCAUCAAGAUGCGCCUGGAGCAGGAGAUCCAGCAGUACCGGUCGCUGCUGCAGGAGGGGCAGCAGGAUCUUGUAUCGUGUCAAGGAGCUCUCCAAGGAGGAGGGCAGUCAAGAGUGUGUUAAGAUACCAGUGAUGUGUUGGGCUUCCCUGAUCCAGUCAGUGCUGUGGGAGCAGCCAGCCCUCAGCAUGGUGUGACCUACCCCCUGCACAGACUGCUCUCCAAAGCUAUCCAUGAAAUCGAAAUUAAUAAUUACUAGGCUUUUCCUAAAACUAUCUACCCCUCCCUUUUGAUCCUGUCCAGCACUGUGAUCAGUGUGCUCACACACAGGUCUCUCCAGUGCACUUGGUUCUCUACUGAACAACAAUCCCUCGAAUAAAGCUUUAUCUUUCUGCAAUGCAAAGAAAA